AUGGCGAAUCCGGAUAACGUUGCUGCUGCUGCUGCCGGUCGCCUUGCUGCUGCUGCCCGUGUUGCUGCUGGUGUUCCGCCACCAAGUUUCGCGAUCGACCCCUUCGAUCGGCGGAAACUAAAAUGGAUGCGGUGGAUGGAACGGUUGGAGAACGCGUUCGCCAUCUUCGACAUCAACGAAGAGGAGAUGCGGAAAAGUUUGCUGCUGCACCAUAUGGGCCCCGAAAGCUACGACAUAAUCUGCGACAAAAUCGCCCCGGAGGCGCCCCGUGCAAAAACGUAUCGACAGAUUAUUGACACCUUGGAGGCAUUUUACAACCCCACCCCGCUCGAGAUCAGUGAAAACUUUCGAUUUAAGUGCCGUCGCCAAGGCGACAAGGAUGCUGCUUCGCCGGACGAGUCGAUUGACGAAUAUUUGGUGGCGCUUCGACGGAUUGCGGUAACGUGCAACUUUGGACAGUACCUGGAAACCGCCCUCCGCAACCAGUUGGUGUUUGGCAUCAGGAGAAACGACAUCCGAAGCCGGCUGCUGGAGAGAAGGCAGCUCACACUGCAGGACGCUCGCGAGAUCGCUGUAAGUAUGGAGCUGUCAAAGAAGGGCGGAGCUGAAAUCGAAGGUGGCCAAGGUAAGCAGGAGGUCCACAAAGUACAGCACCAACCAGGUAAGCGGAACAAGUCGAAGGUGAAAAUAAACGAAGGGGAAAAGCGUUUUACUCCGAGGGGGGCUGGUGCAAGUGAUAUUAGCUGCUACCGCUGUGGUGAGAAAUCUCACCUUGCCAACACCUGCAAGCACAAGCAAACCGAAUGCAAGUUCUGUGGCCUGAAGGGACACCUGGAAAGAGUGUGCAUGAAAAAAUCCGGCUCGAAGGCCAGUGGUGCGCGAUCGUCGGGAAAACAAAGUGCCGUGCAAACGAAUUUCGUGGACAAUUCCGCAAAUGACUAUAGUGAUGCGAAACCCGAUGUGCGCGAGGUGUGUUCGGUAAACACCAUUUCGGACAAUGCGAAAAUUUGGAUGAAAGUGCGCGUGAACGGAGUACCGAUGCGUUUCGAGGUGGACACGGGAUCGCCCGUCACCAUCGUGAGUGCGAACUGCUGGAAGCAAAUGUUCCAGGCAGCGAAACUGCGUCAAUGCGAUACGAAUCUCGUGAGCUAUUGCAAUACGAACAUUAACGUGCUCGGGAUAAUGGACGCUGGUGUCGAAUACGAUGGACAGAACUCGCAGUUACCGUUGUACGUCGUGAAUUCGGAAAAACAUCCGUUGAUCGGGCGCGAAUGGUUGAGUCGUCUGUCGGUCGAUUGGAAUGUGCUGCUGCGGAAGGACUACUCGGUGAACGAGAUACGGGGAAGUACUUCGGGAAGCAACUGCGGUGCUGCUGAUACUGCUGCCGCCGUGAAGGAGGUUCUGCAAAAGUUUCCGAGGGUAUUCGAGGAUUCCAUCGGAAAGAUCUCCCGUGUCCAAGCCAACUUGCCGCUGAAGAGUGAUGCCCGUCCUGUCUUCCUGAAGGCGCGUAAAAUUCCGUUCAACCUGCAGAGUGUGGUCGAUGCUGAACUAGACAAGCUAGUUGCGGAGGGAGUUCUCACCAAGGUCAACCAGAGUAAUUGGGCGACACCGAUUGUGCCGGUGAAGAAAUCCAACAACCGGGUGCGCAUCUGCGGCGAUUACAAACAAACCGUCAACCCCAACCUUGUGGUGGACAGGCACCCACUUCCUACGGUGGACGAGCUUUUCGCCUCGCUCGCUGGUGGGAAGAGAUUCAGCAAAAUCGACCUGGUGCAGGCAUACCUGCAGAUGGAAGUUGCUCCAGAAGAUCGCGAAAUCCUCACACUGAGCACCCAUCGCGGUCUGUACCGACCCAACCGCCUCAUGUACGGGGUGGCAUCUGCGCCAGCCAUUUGGCAGCGACAAAUGGAGGCAUUGCUGCAAGGAAUCGAGGGUGUCAGCGUGUUCCUAGACGACAUUAAGGUAACUGGACCUGAUUACGAGACUCAUUUGCGCCGAUUGGAGGAAGUUUUGCGUCGUCUGGAGGAGAAUGGCAUCCGGGUCAACCGAGACAAGUGCGAAUUUUUUGCAGAGAAGAUAGAAUACUGCGGAUACCUCAUCGACGAAGAGGGGAUCCACAAGAUCCAGAAGAAAGUGGACGCUAUCCAGGAUAUGCGGAGGCCGGAGAACAAGGACGAGGUACGCUCCUUUGUAGGUCUCAUCAAUUACUACGGUCGAUUUUUCCGGGAUCUGAGUACCGUUCUCUAUCCUCUCAACAACCUGCUGAAGAACGAUGUGCCGUUCGAGUGGAGCAAACAGUGCGAGAAGUCUUUUCAAGCGGUGAAGAGGCAAAUGCAAGCGGAAACCUGCCUCGUCCACUAUUCCCCCGAAUUGCCUUUGGUGCUGGCCACCGACGCUUCGCCAUACGGCGUGGGAGCCGUACUGAGCCAUAUCUACCCAGAUGGCUCGGAACGCCCGAUCCAGUUUGCCUCACAAACGCUGAACCGUACUCAGCAGGCGUACCUACACGUGGAUAAGGAAGCGUAUGCGAUAAUAUUCGGCGUUAAGAAGUUCUUUCAAUUUCUGUACGGCCGGAGAUUCGUUUUGGUUACGGACAAUCAAGCAGUGACCAAAAUCUUCGGGGAACACAAAGGAUUACCUGUGAUGUCCGCUCUUAGGAUGCAGCACUAUGCCACCUACCUGCAAUCCUUCGAUUACGAAAUACGGUUUCGGAAGUCGGCGAGCCAUGCCAAUGCGGAUGCGCUCUCCCGAAUCCCGCUGAAGCUGGCGGAUGCAGACAACGUCAUCGAAGAGUCGGACUUCAGGUAUCAGUCUUUUCAAGCGGUGAAGAGGCAAAUGCAAGCGGAAACCUGCCUCGUCCACUAUUCCCCCGAAUUGCCUUUGGUGCUGGCCACCGACGCUUCGCCAUACGGCGUGGGAGCCGUACUGAGCCAUAUCUACCCAGAUGGCUCGGAACGCCCGAUCCAGUUUGCCUCACAAACGCUGAACCGUACUCAGCAGGCGUACCUACACGUGGAUAAGGAAGCGUAUGCGAUAAUAUUCGGCGUUAAGAAGUUCUUUCAAUUUCUGUACGGCCGGAGAUUCGUUUUGGUUACGGACAAUCAAGCAGUGACCAAAAUCUUCGGGGAACACAAAGGAUUACCUGUGAUGUCCGCUCUUAGGAUGCAGCACUAUGCCACCUACCUGCAAUCCUUCGAUUACGAAAUACGGUUUCGGAAGUCGGCGAGCCAUGCCAAUGCGGAUGCGCUCUCCCGAAUCCCGCUGAAGCUGGCGGAUGCAGACAACGUCAUCGAAGAGUCGGACUUAGUCGAACUGCACCAAAUCGAAACCCUUCCACUUACUGCUGCGGAGUUGGCACAAGCAACUGCUGAGGAUUCCUCUGUGAAGAAGCUGAUACAAGGAGUCAAAUACGGUGUCCUCGUCGAUGGCAAGGUCCGGUUCGGAAUCGACCAGAGCGAGUUUGCAAUGCAAUACGUAUACGAGUGUACGUGCCGCCGUCUCUUCGGAAGCGAGUCCUUGAGGAGCUGCACUCUACGCACUUCGGAGCAACGCGAACCAAGUCACUGGCAAGAGGCUAUUGCUGGUGGAAUGGAAUGGAAAGUGCUAUUGAGGAGAUGA